AUGGUCACACAGACCGGUAUCGAGAUCGAUCAGACACUCACGUGUGCGCAACGAAGCUAUGGCCUAGCGGUAUUGGUGCAGGUUGACAAGGAGGUGGCAUACGAGCUGCUCACCGGCGAACGCAGUCCGCCAUCCCUUUCCAUCGUGGAGCACAAGCUUGACACCUUCUAUGGAAAUCGUGUUCGAGAAGCGCUGGAAAUUUGCGAGGUACCAAUCAAUCAGCUCACCAUGAAGCUACCACCAUUCCUACCCUUCCUCCUCGCCAUCAUCGGCCUCACCUCAGCCGCAUCCAACCGAGCCAUCUGCAUGAAGAAAAACCCACGCGUCAUCUCCGCCAUCGACAUCUUCUGCCAAAACAGCGGCAUCACCGCUCCAUCGCUUUACGCCAAGACCGGUGUCCGCUGGGGCCCGAAUGGCGCGAAAUCUCCGAAUGAGCUUGCACUGUACAUCGAAGGCAGCUGCAGUCCGCCGCAGUGGAUUCCGCAGCAGUACUGUCUUUCCCAGUUUUAUAACAUUUGUGCGACGGGGGGACCGAGGGGGAUGGGAUCGAAAAGGUAUGGGAGGAAUGGAUGUCAGAAGUGGAUUGUGGCCAUCACGAAGCCGGGGAUUAAGAUUACUCCGGCGAAGGAGUGA